AUGGAGGGUGAAGUAGAGAUCAAGUGUGAUGCUGAUGAACUUUUCGAAAUAGGUUCUGGUAAAAAAGCACAUACAGUACCAAACUUGAGCCCUGAUAAAGUAUCCAAACUAGACUUACAUGAAGGUGAAUGGGGAGAUCAUGGAUCCAUCAAGGUCUGGACUUAUGUUACAGAGGGAAAGGUGGAGACUUUUAAGGAGAAGGUCACCAUAGAUGAGGAAAACAAAACAAUUCAUUUGACUGUAGUGGAGGGACAUUGCUUGGAUCUUUACAAGAGCUAUAACAUCAUUUACCAGAUCAUUCCUAAAGGAGAGACCAAUGUCCUCAAAAUCACUAUAGAGUACGAGAAGCGAAAUGAGGAUGUCCCUCCUCCACAAAAAUAUAUGGACUUCAUAAUUGAUUUGGUUAAAGAUCUCGAUGCUAAACUUGUCAUGGCAUAA